CUUUUACUCAAUAGCGUAAAGUUAUAACAAUAUGAUUGCUUGAAUACUCAACAACCAGUAUAUCGCUGUUGGCGUGGCGACCAAUCAUUGACAAGCUUGAGGUAACCACAGAUAGAAAGCUAAAAUUACUUUACAUAAGCAAUCCUUGCCACUGGCUUGCUAUAACCAUAGCGUAACAAGUCAUCGAUAUACCGCGGCACGCGUUAGUGAGACCUGAACAACAUACGCGCUGGGUUCAACAAACCCUGCUUAAAACAGCCUGUGGACUUCGUCUACGUCUACGUGCUUAGCAUUAAAAAGCGCUGCUGCUUGGGGACAGCGCGUACGUAAGCCAGCAUAGCGAGUCGCCGCCCAUCAACACCUUCCCGUCUCGGCGGGUGGCUUUGGCUUUCAGACAGAAUAACAUUUAGCUAAGCCAUGGCCGCCCGCGUAGUAGCUCAAGUGCUUGUGGCGGGUGCUACGGUGCUCUUCCGCGCCGCCACGCAAGCUUGGGGCAAGGCGCUCGUCAACGCCCAGAAGUCGGGUGUGGCCAGCGAGGCCGCCCAGGCCGGCGCCUCCGCCGUCAAGAAGACGGGCACCAUGGCGCUGCAGGAGGCGCAGCUGAUCCUGGGGGUGGAGCAGAACGCGCCCUGGGGGGAUGUGGUCAAGCGCUUCAAGCACCUGUUUGAUGUGAACGAGAAGCACGGCUCCUUCUACCUGCAGAGCAAGGUCUACCGCGCCAAGGAGUGCCUGGAGGACGAGUACAAGCGGCUAGGGCUGUACUCUGCGGAGGAGGAGCAGCAGGUCAUGCAGGCGGGCAAGGAGGGGGAGCAGCAGCAGAAGGAGCAGCAGCAGCAGGCGGGCAAGCAGUAGGGUGCAGGGA